CCGCCCCUUCCGGCCGCGGCCGUCGCGGGCUGCUAGGCGGCGGGGCCCGGCGCCCGCUCGGCCCGCCCCUUUCCCCGCCGCUGUCAGAGACGCGGUGUAUGCUUAGCCGCUGCUGCCGCCAGCUGCUGCAAGUCCUGGGCCCGAGUUCCCCGCUGCUGACCUGUCAGACGCUUCUCUGUGUUUCUCGCCUCAUGAAGCCGCUGGUCGUGUUCGUCCUCGGCGGUCCUGGUGCCGGCAAGGGGACCCAAUGCGCCCGAAUCGUGGAGAAAUAUGGCUACACACAUCUUUCUGCAGGAGAACUUCUUCGUGAUGAAAGGAAGAACCCAGAGUCACAGUAUGGUGAACUCAUUGACAAGUACAUUAAAGAAGGAAAGAUUGUGCCAGUUGAGAUAACUAUCAGUUUAUUAAAGAGGGAAAUGGAUCAAACAAUGGCUGCCAAUGCCCAGAAGAAUAAAUUCUUGAUUGAUGGGUUUCCAAGAAAUCAAGACAACCUUCAAGGCUGGAACAAGACCAUGGAUGGGAAAGCAGACGUAUCUUUUGUUCUAUUUUUUGAUUGUAAUAAUGAGAUCUGUAUUGAACGAUGUCUUGAAAGGGGAAAAAGUAGUGGUAGAAGUGAUGACAACAGAGAGAGCUUGGAAAAGAGGAUUCAGACUUAUCUUCAGUCAACAAAGCCAAUUAUUGACUUAUAUGAAGAAAUGGGAAAAGUCAAGAAAAUAGAUGCAUCCAGAUCUGUUGAUGAAGUGUUUGAUGAAGUUAUGAAGAUUUUUGAUAAAGAAGGCUAACUCUGAACCUGAAAGUAUUCUUAAAAUCAUGCUUGAAUUAUGCUUUGAUAGCUGCUAUCCAGCCCCUUUUUAAGGCAGUUUUAAUCUUUCAAAAUUACAUCUCAAUUAAUGGCUAGAAAAUAUAUAGUAAGACAUUAAAUUUUUAAAUUUUAAUUUAGUGUUUUGGUCACAAGAGUAGACAAUGAAUUCAGGUUUAACUUCAUCUUAGUUAUAAUGGUGCUCACAAAACAAAGGUAUCAGCUAGUUCGUUUUUAUUAAAAAGGUUAUCCCUUUUAUAGUUUGUGCCUUCUGUGAGCAAAAUUUUUUAGUAUGCAUGUUAUAUCCCUUUAGUAGUUACACUAUGACAGCUGGGCAUGGUGCCCACACAUGUAAUCCCAGUACUUGAGAGACUGAGGCAGGAGAAUUGCUGUGAGUUCAAGUCCAGCUUAAGCUACAUAGUAAGACCCUGUCUUAAAAAAAACAAAAUACAACAAAAAAUGUAAUUACAACAUGUUAGGAUUAGGGAUUCCUACUUCCUUUUCUUGCAGGUUUCAAAUUCUAAGCUGUUAAGUGAAUUUGUGGACCAAAUUUUAAAGGAUCUUUUUGUGUAGUCAUUUCUUACAUAGGUAUUUGGUAAACAAACUCAGAAAAUGAUUGAUUGCUAGCAAUGUCUUAAUAUUUAUCAAAUAACUGACCAUUUCCUAUAGAAAGAUAAAACUUAGAUUACUACAGCUUAUGCAAAGUUGUACUAUAGAUUUGCUUCCAAGGUUUGGGUUGGGAUCACAAGGGAUUCAGAGCCUGACAGAACUGUGAGCUUUAUUAUGACACAAUCAGAGCGUGUGGGGCAAGGAUCACAUCUAGUAAUCAUGUUCCUUUUGCUCUGCUAUAUGGUGUUAUUCAUGAUUAAACCGAUCAACACAAUUUGUAGAAGUGGAACCUUGAAAUGCAUGUGCUAGAUUUAUGCUGAAAUAAUUCAGUUCUCUUGUUAGUAACAAUUCAGGUUUGUUUGUUUCCUAGACUAAGUAUAGGAUUAGGGUAAAAUUACAGAAGGCAACAUAGGGGCCGGGGAUUUAGCUCAGUGUCAUAAGCGCCUACCUAGCAAGCGUGAGGUUGUAUGAUCCCCAGCACAGUAAAAAAGCAAUAUAGUGGUUAGAUUUCUCAUUUGUAUUUUAUUUUCUGGCAUAUGUUUUUCAUAGUUAUUUGUUUAAGGAGAUUUAAAAAUCAUUGCACUUUGGUCAGAAAAAUAAUAAAUAUAUCUUAUAAUGUU